CAACUGUCACAUGGUAUAACGUUCCAUAAAAAUCAGUCUUCUAUUCCUUCGUGGAAGAAUCUCAAGGUGAUUCGUGAAAGUUGGAGGACUCUACUUAACUUAUUAGCGACGUAGUUAGCUACUCUUCAGCUCGCUACACCAGGCCCGGAAAAUAUUAAUGAACCGUGAAAAUUCUUGCAUAACGUGUAAAAAGCCCGACGAAGUUCAACGGAAUUAUUUCGGUGUUGUGCCGGAAGUUUCAGGGCAGGUGUUGCUUUUCGCGCAUUUAAGGAUCCCGUACCAGCUAAACCAUGGAUUGGAGUCAAAGGGAAUAUAGGACCAUUAACAGUUUGCUCUCAAGAGACAUUUCCAAAUACCACAAUAAUCUCAGGUACCGAAGACUGCCUUGUUAUCAACGUUUAUACGCCUAGUAUGACGCCAGGCAAAAAGCUGCCAGUCCUGCUGUGGUUUCAUGGAGGCGGUUUCAAAUCUGGAUCGAAUUUUUUCGUUGUCGGGUUAGUCGCUGGCAGGUACGACCCUGCGUAUUUAAUGGAUGAAGAAAUUGUUGUUGUGUCACCUAACUACCGCAUUGGACCAUUAGGCUUUCUGACGACAAAAGAUAACGUAAUUCCAACAAAUCUAGGACUGAGGGAUCAGCGCCUGGCGAUCAAUUGGGUGAAGGAUAACAUCGAUAAGUUUGGAGGGGAUCCCAGCGAUAUUGUGAUAGCUGGUGAAAGUGCUGGUGCUGUUUCGGUUGGUUACCAUUUGAUAGCAACGUACAAGGAGUUACCAAUUACAGGAGCAAUAUUAAUCAGCGGUAGUGCAUUGUGCCCAUGGGCUAGUCAUACAAAAUCAAGAAAGAAUGCAUUUGAGUUGGCUCGAAAAUUGGACCACACGUUCAAAUCUAAUCGUUCGGAAGACCUCCUGAAACUGCUGCAAAGUGCUACACCUGAACAGAUACUGGCGCGCACGGGGUUUAGACAGUCUCAAGGCGCUCAAUCGUUCAAUGGGGCUCUUACGUUAGCCUGGGUUCCAACAUUAGGAAAAGGUGACGACUUUUCACUACCGCAGACUGAUGCCGUUGAUAAUGGCAAAUUCAAAAAGGUACCAAUGUUGAUCGGAUUCAAUGAUGAAGAGGGAGUAAAUCCUUAUAUUUCCGGGAAUUACUUGCAGAAAUCCACAGCGUGGGAGAAGGAUCCUAGCAACAUGCUGUUCGAAAAUAUUAGGGUGCCUCGAACUAAAAGGAAAGAGUUUGGCCAGAAGCUGAAGUCUUUCUAUACAAAUACAUCGUUCGUGACAGAUGCUCGGAGCGUAAUCAAAAUCUGUUCAGAUUUUGCGCUAGCAAUGCCAACGAUCAGGUUUGCUGAAAGUGCGUCCAAACAUGCCCAAGUUUACAUGUUUCUGACAUCUCAAACAUUUCAGCCACACCCGUUAGCAGCUGGUAAGUAUGCCUGUCCUAUUCUUCUUUCACGGCCACAUCGGUGAAUAACCUGUUACGAUUACCCCAAAAUAGCUGUUAGUCUUACAAACAUCUAGCACUUAACCGCCGUUAGCUGAUAUACAGGGUGUUUGCAAAGUUGAGUCAUUCAUUUCAACUGCUUAUAGGAAGGAGUUGAAAUAUCCAAAAUCACCUAUAUAGAAGUUGCAUAAUAAAAGAAAUAGUGAAAGAUUAAAAACAUAUGUUAAAGAUCCCAUAAUCCUCCGGCUACGUAUUACUGACCCACCCUGUACACGUUAGAGAUAUAAUUUCACGCAGUUUCAGGGAUAGAGGGAGUAGGUCAUGGCGAAGACUUGUACUAUUACUGGUUUAAUCCAUUAGUAACAACAUCGCCUGGUUUUGAGCCCAUGAGGUCUCGGAUGGUUAAGAUGAUAUCUAACUUCGUUAAGCAUAAGUGAGUAUCAAUAUUUCCAUAGUAAUAAUAAUAAUAAACGUCUUUAUCGACUUUCAUAGACAAAUAUAUAAAUUACGUUAUCAAAAAUACAAUACCACUGGAGGUGCACAAUUGAGCUCGAAUUAAAUCAAAGCAUGGAUGAAAUGGACAUAAAAUUCUAUAUUAAGAAGUAGCUCAAUUACUUUUGAUAUUUGUCUAUAGCUAUCUACUUUAAAAAGCACCAUCACCUAUCUUACUGCAUUUCAAACAAAAAUAACGGUUCAAUUUGGAUUUAAACUUGUUCAAGCUUGUAGAAGCUGAUUAUAUGUACUUUCUGAUGGCAAUAUAUAUGAACGAUCUUUGGAUCACGGCGGUCUCGUGUAUUGAGGAUCGAGGAUUGAAUUUCACUGUAAACCGACGUUUUAUAUCUCAAAUGCUAGACAGAAAAUGGGAUAAAUCACAAUCCUUCCGUAAGAGAUUCCGAUUGUUACAGAAAACCUAUACCAGACGCAGCAACGAAGGAGCUUUUUGACAACAUAGAGUGGCCGGUGGUCAAACCCGGAAGAAUUCC